UAUUCACUUCAUAUACUUCUUAAAACUGUCGAGAGUAUAUGAAUGACUAUUAUUCUCCCACAAAGAGUUGAUUGAAAAAUCAAAUAUUCCUGAUUGUUGUUGGGUAAAGCCACUCACUCACUCGUAGUAAGUAGAUAAUCCUCAUGCCUAGAGAACAGCCCCUAGGCUGGAUGCCUUGUCGAUGUAUACCUUUAUCUUGUACGAAACCGAUUUCUUUCUUAAGUGUUUGGCGUUCUUCUGUUCGUCGUUAUACCUCAAAGAAACCUUUAGAGCCGAAAUGGCGGAAUUCCAAGUAUUUGCAAAAAGGCGCCAAAAAGGUGCGCAAUAUCGAAGCGUCAGCCACAACUAGUUCUAAAUACAAACAAGAAGAUGAAAAAGUCAUUCCAACUGAAUUGGGAGAGGAAGUAUCGAAAUCUUAUUUAGAAUAUGCUCUUUCGGUUAUACUAGGAAGAGCUAUUCCUGAUGCCCGGGAUGGACUGAAACCUGUACACAGAAGAAUUCUGUUUGGUAUGUACCGAUUAGGAUUAUUUUCAGAAGGUCCUUUUCGUAAGUGUGCACGAGUAGUCGGAGAAGUGUUGGGAAAAUAUCAUCCACAUGGAGAUAGUGCCGUCUACGAUGCUUUGGUUCGUAUGGCGCAGAAUUUUGUGAUGAGAGUAUGUUUAGUCGAUGGACAUGGCAAUUUUGGUUCGGUGGAUCAUGAUCCACCCGCAGCUAUGCGAUAUACGGAAUGUAGGUUAUCGUCAUUUGCUCAAACGGCACUUUUGGGUGACUUAGAUAAGAAUACCGUGACGUUGCUUCCCAAUUUUGACAACUCAGAUUGGGAACCCCAGGUUUUACCUGCAAAAGUUCCCAAUCUUUUAUUGAAUGGAAGUUCAGGAAUAGCAGUAGGAAUGGCGACCAAUAUUCCUCCUCACCAUUUGGGUGAACUAUGUAAUGGCUUACUUGCAUUGAUAGACAAUCCCGAUAUCACAAUAGAACAGCUUACAGAGCAUAUUCGAGGUCCAGAUUUCCCUACAGGUGGUACUAUUAUGGGAACACAGGGAAUCGAGGCAUUUUAUAAAACAGGUCAUGGCUCAAUUGUGAUGAGAGCAAAGACCCAUAUUGAACAUCAAAAGGAUGGCAUUCGUUCUCAUCGUCAAGCAAUUAUAGUCGAUGAACUUCCAUAUGGAGUAAAUAAAGCAGCAAUGGUGUCUCAUAUUGCUGAAAUGGUGCAGUCAAAAAGAUUGGAAAACAUUGCAGAUAUUCGUGAUGAAUCUGAUAGGGAUGGAACUCGAGUAGUUAUAGAAGUUAAGAAAGGUGCAGACCCAGAAUUGGUGUUGUAUCAACUUUACAAACUUUCUGCGAUGCAAACAUCGUUCGCUGGAAAUAUGUUGGCAUUGGUUGAUAAUCGACCUCGCCGAAUGACUUUGAAGGAAUAUUUACAAACGUUUUUACAAUUUCGUGUGCAGAUAGUCCGAAGACGGUGUGAAUAUGAGUUGUCCAAAGCAAAAGAGCGAAAACAUUUAUUGGACGGUUUCUUAUUGGUGUUAUCCUGUUUAGAUCAAAUCAUUGCUCUUAUACGUAGUGCUCCAGAUUCCACUAUUGCCAAAGCUGUUUUAAUGGGACAAAAGGACACUUUAGAAUACAAUAAGAAACACAAGUUAUCAUUUCAGUUGUCGGAAAAGCAAGCUGAAGCUAUUCUAUCCAUGCAGCUGAGAAGACUAACCCAACUAGAGUGGCAACGGGUAGAAAUGGAGGCAAAACAGUUGACUUCUGAGAUUGAAGAUUUACAAGAUGUAUUGCAAAAGGAGCAAAGAGUUUAUGGUAUCAUUGCAGAUGAGUUGAAGACAUGUGCAUCUCGAUUUAAUUAUCCACGUCAGACGAUGAUAUCCACUGAACGAGCAGAUAUUUUAGAAACCAAAACUAUUCCCAAUGAGAAGAGUCUUCUUAUAGUGACAUCCAAAAAUUUCAUCAAAAGAAUGUCUUUUACUGACUUUGAAUCACAACGAAGAGGUACAAAAGGAAAGACAGGAAUUACACUUCGUGAAGAUGAGACCGUUGAAUACUUGAUUGCUUGUUAUGGACAUGAUACUUUGUUAUUUACCUGUAAACAAGGACGAAUGUAUAGUAUUCCUGCCCAUAGAAUACCGUUGGAGUCGAGAGUAUCAAGAGGCAAUGCAUUGGCCAUGUUAUUGGAUGAAGACUGUGUAGAAAAUGGAAUUUCUGGUUUGCUUUCUAUUUCCUCUUUAUCCAAGGACGACUAUGUAGUUUUGGUCACGAAACAAGGCGCCAUCAAACGAUGUUCUUUUUCAUUAUUUGAACAUUUCAAUAGAAAAGGGAAAAUGGCCAUUCGACUAAGUAACGGUACUGAUUCACUUUGGUUAAAGAGAUGCAAAUUGAAUGACUGGAUUGUAUUAUCCACUCGUCAAGGAAGAGUCUUAAAGUUUCAAGUAAACGAGAAAAACUUAAUGGACACUGGAAGAACGAGUCGUGGUGUACGAGCAAUUCGUUUGAAAGCUGAUGAUUGUUUGAUCGAUGUCGAUGUUAUUUCAUCACAAACUUCACAAGAACAAUGCCAUUUUCUAGCAGUCACCAAAACUGGAAAAGGAAAAAGAAUAAUGGCAUCAGAAAUACCCGUACGAAAGAGAUAUCAAAUGGGAGUUGUUGCUAUCAAGUUUGAUACGAAAAGACGGGAUGAACUUGUUUGCUUUCGAGUUUGUCGAAAUGAAGAAGUUGUAUUAUGCACCAAUACUGGACGAAUUGUUCGUCAGUCUGUCGAUGACAUUCCUAUUCAAAGUCGCUUUGCCAAAGGAGUGUUUAUCCAACGUUUAGAUCAAAAGGAAGAAAUGGCGGCAUUGACUAUUCCUGAAUGGGAGAAGAACCAAGUGGAAAUAAACUAGCAUAGAAAAGUUUAGGAAGACGGAAAACGUAAAGAAACCUUGGAAGAAACCACGUUUAUUGCGU